AUGUUGGCCCAAAGAACCUCUGUUCAAAUCCUCUCUGAGGAACCAGAAGCCUGCAUUCAGACUCCUACGGAGGUUGGAAGCCCUGGAGAACUAGAAGAGCAGGUGAUCCGCCUAGAACCAGGAGCCUCUGCUUGGAAGUUUGUCCAGGAAAAAAUCCAGAGACUAUCAGACUCGGAUGAGAGAGAUGCCUUCAUGGUGGCUGACCUGGGGGUUCUGGCUGAGCAGCACCAGAUAUUCCAGCAGGCCAUGCCCCAUGUGGCUCCCUUCUUUGCUGUGAAGUGCAACAAUAGCCCCAGUGUGUUGCAGGUGCUGGCCAACCUGGGCACUGGCUUUGACUGUGCAAGUCGGGGGGAGUUGGAGCAGAUUCUGAGCAUGGGAGUUGCCCCGACCCGCAUCAUCUAUGCCAAUACUUGCAAGCAGAUCUCUCACAUACAAUAUGCUGCCAGCCAUGGGGUGCAGCUGAUGACUUUUGACAGUGAGGAGGAGCUUGCCAAGGUCGCCAAGUUUCACCCCACUGCCAGGUUGGUCCUCAGACUUUGGACCCAGGAUAGCGAGAGCCUGUUUCCCUUGAGUGCCAAGUUUGGGGCUCCCCUGGACCACUGUGGCCAUCUGCUGAGCAUUGCCAAGGAUUUGGGAGUGACUGUAGUUGGAAUCUGUUUCCACGUGGGUUCUGGCUGCCAGACACCACAGAGCUUCAGCCAGGCCAUUGCAGAUGCCCGACAUGUGUUUGACCUGGGCCUCCAGAUUGGGCACCCAAUGAGCCUCCUAGAUAUUGGAGGGGGCUUCCCAGGCAAGAAGAACUUUGUGCCUACAUUUGAAGAGAUGGCAGCUGUGAUCAACAGAGCCUUGGACCAGUAUUUCCCAGAAGGCAGCAGAGUGGAGAUCAUAGCUGAACCUGGCCGCUUCUAUGUCACUAAAGUGUGUACUGCUGCCCUCAACAUCAUUGGCAAGAAGAAAGUGGUGGAACAAGGUGGCCAAAGACUGAUGUACUAUGUCAAUGAUGGUUUUUACACCUCUUUUGGAAUUAUGCGGAGAGAGAAAGAAACAAGGAUACCUCACGUGGUGAAGAGCUUCACUUGCAAGCCACUUCUUUACCCCUCCACAUUGUGGGGUCCCACAUGUGAUGCCUUUGACCGUCUGGGUCCAACAGACAUCUUGCUGCCUGAGCUUCAUGUGGGUGACUGGCUGAUCUUUGAAGACAUGGGGGCCUACACUCACACCUUAAGUUCCAAUUUCAAUGGUUUUACACGGCCUGAGAUGACCUUCACCAUUCCUUCUGAGCUACAAGACCUUCUGAAACCAUUGCCUUAAACUCCAGGAAGAGAU